CAUCAGAGGUGCCUGCCCGGUCUGCGCGGGGGAGGAGAGAAGUUGUGACAAGUAACUGAUCUUUCUCUCUCGGCUCUCUGUCUUGCCUCAGAGUCCCCUACUCCGACGCCCAGGGUCUCUCCCGCUAUGUCAGCCAGUUCGUCCUGCUCCCUGGCCAGGAAGGCAGCGGCGGGGUCCUCCUCGAAGCCAGUUAUGGUCUGACCCGUCUCUUCCAUGUCGGCCAUCUUUGUGCCCGUAAUUUCCUGGGUUCCUAUUGCGCAUGCGCAGAAUUGCUAUAUUAUUUCUCGAUUUCAGUGGCGGCCGCUUUCAAGAUGGCGUUGAUAAUCCCGGACAAGUUCCAGCACAUCUUGCGUAUCCUGAACACCAACAUCGAUGGAAAGCAGAAGAUCAUGCUGGGCCUCACUGCUAUCAAGGGGGUCGGUAGACGGUAUGCCAACCUCGUCUGUAAGAAGGCUGACGUAGACAUGAGAAAGAGAGCCGGGGAACUGUCGGAAGAGGAGAUUGAGAGGAUCAUAACCAUCAUGCAAAACCCGCGGCAGUACAAGAUCCCGGACUGGUUUAUGAACAGGCAGAAGGAUAUACGAGACGGAAAAUACUCUCAACUGCUGGCCAACCAGUUGGACCACAAGUUGAGGGAGGACCUGGAGAGACUCAAGAAGAUCCGGGCCCAUCGCGGCCUUAGACACUACUGGGGUCUCCGUGUGAGAGGACAGCACACCAAGACCACAGGGAGAAGAGGAAGGACAGUGGGUGUGUCAAAGAAGAAGUGAACUAACUCGUCUUGUUCACACGUUGUAUAUACCAUCGUUUGGAUCUAUGUCCAUGAAGUGAAAAAAUAUUUGUGAAAAUUCUAAAAUUGUGUCAAAGUGGCGUGCAACAAUUAGAACACUUGCACACGACUGUUGCCAUAGUCACAGACAUACAAGUAUCCGUCGAGGUCCAUGGCAACUCCUGAGGGGUUCUGAAACUGUCCGCUGGCUGUUCCAUAGCUCCCUGUUGCCAUGACAAACUCGCCACUGAUGGUCAGUACCACCACCUGGUUCCCUCCCCGGUCCGCUAUGAACAUCUGCUCUCCUUCAAUUGCAAUCCCACUGGGGGCAAACUCGUCGUCGUGGGGAUGACCUAUGGACUUUAUGUGUGUUCCAGUCUUGUCAUAGACAUGGACGUGCUGACCCAGUGUAUCAGUCACGUACAUGUUGCCAGAGCCAUCGAGAGCAAUAGAGUGUGGAGAUUCCAGGCUAGUCGACUCUGUCUGUGGAUACUCGUCUUCCAGAGAGCAAGAAAGAUCCCCGAAUUUCUCAAUGAGCUUCAGAUCAGUGUCAAAUACCGCCACCUGUUGGGAGCCGUUUUCGCACACAUACACGCGAUCCUCGGCUGCGUUGAGACUCACUCCGUGUGGCUCGCUGAGUCCCGUAUACUGCGCCAGGUGGUGCCCCGUUCGAGAGAGCUUCUGCACUCGUCCGAUGUCCUUACCGUCUGCCACGUACACGUCUCCACCGCUGCUCACUGCGAUCCCUGUCGGGUGGACAAUCUGGCCAGGUUUCUGCCCCUUGUGACAGAGAUUCCUCACUAGCUUCCCGUCCUUGUCCCACACCGAGAUCCUGUGGUUGUAGUUCUCCGUGACGUAUACGUAGCGGUCUCUAUGGCUACAGGCCACGCCCCAAGGCCACUCCUUUCUCUCCAGAACCUUCUCGGGCUGACCGAGGUCGAGUUUGGACGAGCGUACGGGGACACGAAGCGGUGAGUCGGUCAUCUCUACUCCUCCAAUCUCGACUGACACAAGAUGCUCUCCUUUCUUGGUCGGAGUGAAACAGAUGAAGUAGGUCCCCACAGACAGAGCUGGCGAUACUAAUGUCUUCACUUCCAACUCAAACCUUGGGACGGUGACCUUCACACGUGGGGACAGAGGCUCGACGCACGGUUUAUUGUCUUUCGCAAGAGCAGAGAAGACAAUUUGCACUUCUUGUCCUACUUCAGCCACGGCAGAUUUCGCCUUCUGUAGCCUUGACUCGUCUAGACUUACAACAAGGCUUCUCGUGGUCACCUCCAGACAGGC